AUGUCGUACAAUUUCGUUGGAGAUGUUUAUGAUCGAACAACGCCGAUCGAAAUGACCCAAGUAAACCCCGAACCAGCUUUGCCCGCCAAACCCAUUGACGGAUUGCAAGUCCCAGAAAUCGAGGAUUUUUCCCAUAUAUCUUUCCAUCAGGUAAAAAAAUCAAUUUACGUAAACUGUUAAAUUUUUUCUAGUGGCUAUGAAUCUUUUAAUGUUUUCCUGUUUUGCAGAAUUUAUUACAGCAUGAGGCAAUGUCGUGUAGGACGUUUGCUCUUUGCGACCUGGAAUAUUCGAAUGUUUUUCUCGAUUUCUUUAAAUGCUGUCUUCAGGCAGUAUCAGAAAAACUUUAUUUAACUAAUCAUUCUCAAUUUUUGCCAUCUAAAUGUAUGCAAGAAAUGAAUUUUCAAGCUAAAAGCAAUUAACAUAAAGCAAAGACAAAUGUAAACACUAACGUCCAUAGGUCAAAUAUUGUACUAUACUGCUAUCCUUCGACUUUUUUUUGUCGAAAUCCUUUUAGUUUUAACCUUGCUGUUUAACGGAAGAAUUUACGCGAGCCAGAUGAUCUAUGUCUGGUUGUUUAUCUUGAAUUCUUAGCUGUAGGGAAAUGAAUUGAAAUGAAAACAAUGCGUAGUAAAGUCUUUCCUUCACAUGUAGUAUUAGUCACUAGUCUACUGUUAUUUUUGCUUUAUAACGUUGUUUUGCUGUUUACAACUCCUCUAGUAUUGACCAGUAUCCUCCGUUGCUACAAAAUCAGCUAUAUUGAUUUUAAUAGAGCAAGUUGGAAGUAUUAUUAAUUUCGUGUACUGUAUUAAAUGCAUAAAUUACACGUAGGAGACGAAAAUAUUCUGGAUUCUCUCGGUUGGAUACUGGACCUUGUGUUUUCGAUAUAAAACGUUCUAAUUUCUUCUAAGUUUAAGAAUUUAACGGCUUUUUGUUUUCGCAAUCGUAAUUAAAGUUUGCUUUGUAUGGCAAGCUGAUCGGUCGCCUUGGUAAUUCACAUUACAAAUUUUCCUAAAUAUUAUUAUUCAUUCAAACACAUUCCUUGGACAAUAUAUGCAAGUCGAGUGUGAUAAAAAUAGAUAUCAUAAAUGAUAAAACAAACAGAGGACAGAGCAGCGGUUGUGAUCUGUACCAAAUUAUUGCAAAAAAUAGGGCAUAUUUAUUCUUUUAGCACUUACAUGAAACAACUGGAAGAUUAUAAACAAUCAGAAAUAAAUAACAGGGUUCAAAGUUAGUGACCAGUUGGUGGAACAUGCCAGUAGAUUUUUUUCAGUGCACCUACAAAAUCAAUACGGGGUCACCAUACACUUGCAUACAUAAAAAUCCCAAGUUCAGUAUGACUGACUUACUGCACUGAGCUCAUACAAGUAUGUACUCAGACUGCUUGGACACAAGACAGUAGGGCCAUUUAUACGAGGAAAAACAAGACGCGUCUUACAUAAGACGCGAACUGUACCAUUUAUACGAGCAUGUCUUAUCUAAUAAGACGCGUCUUAGCUAAGCGGCAUCUUAUUUUAGACGAAAUGUGCCAUUUAUACGGAAAGUUCGCGUCUUAUUUAAGACACGUCUUAGGUAAGGCGCGUCUUAUUUUUCCUCGUAUAAAUGGCCCUAAUAUGCUUGAAAUAACAAGCGCGCUCUUAAUUAAAAAUGUUAAGUUUUGCUUGCUUGGAGAUUAGAUAAGAAAUGAGGAGGCGAUUAAUUCUACAAGAAACAGGAUUUCCUUGCUAAGACUUUUUCACUUUUUACUUUAUCGAUGGGAUAUUAACUUUUUAUAUUGUAUUUGACGAUUUGUUCUGAGCUAAUUGAGUACUCGUGUAUAAAUACAUGAAAAUCAACGGUCUUGAUUUGAGAGAAAUUUCAUCAUUGCCAAAGAACGAAAAUGUGAUGAACAUGGCGCAUCAUUUCAACCAUCACCAAAAAAAGCUCAUCUCAAGACUCAUUUGCAUACAAUGAAAGUUUACAUUACCCAACCAGUUUGAGGUAUUAGAACUGCUAUAAAGUCCAAAAAUGAUCAUGCUUAUAAAAUCGCUUAUUUGAAAUGUAAGAGAAAGCCAGAAAUGUGGAAUUAUUGAAUUGUUGAGCCUGCGAUGUAAAUCGGAAAUAACACCUUAGGUGUGAAAAUGAUGACACCUUAGAUAUCAAUUUUCUGCAAUCUCCGCUCUCGCUUAAUAGGCCUUUGUAAUUUUAUUUUGCAAAAUUCUUAAUCAUUUGAGAAAUAAAUUUUUCAGAUCUGUUAUAAACCCUUCCAUUUAAUGGAAGGGUUUAUAACAGAUCUGAUACCUUAAUUCUAAAUCCUCAACGUCAAAGUUUUGCUCAUUAAGACUCUUCUUUUUUUCGACCACUGAAGUAUUCACUUUUUCCAAAGUAAACAACACUUUCAAGCGAUAGAGUUUGUGGACUGACCCGCUCAAGCGAGACUUAUAAAUUCAAAUAUUACAAUCUAACAUUUUCUCUGCAUCAGCAUGUGUGUCUUUUGUUGUUUCCACUUGUAGUUUCUCCAAACUUGGAGUUCCAUUUGUUUUUGGUGGGGAAUUGCAAGAAAAUUUUGAAAAGGAUGCACUGUUUUUUUAAGGAACCGAGAAUGACAGAAAAAUAUGAAUGUUGCAUUACUUUCCCAAGGACUUUUGUCCUUGAUUGUUAUUGAUUGUUGUUGAUAAGUUUCGAAAAUUGCAGUUGAAUGGAAGAGUCAACUAGAAACUCUUAGCCAUCCUCAGGUAAUAGAAAAUUCUAGGCAAUAUUUGUUUCUCCGAACAGAUAUUUUACACAAAACAGUCGCCGGCACCCCUGAAGGAUCCAAUGCUGUAUUGUGUUCAUCGCCUAGAGACAUUAUUUCAUUAUUUUAUUAUUUUUCAUUAUUUCAUUGAUUAUUAUUUCAAUUUGCAAUUCUAGUAGAGUUCACUGUUAUAUGCAGGUGGCUAUACAUUUAAAAGAGUGCUGUGUAUAAAUAAUGUAAACUAUGGACUUGGAAAUUUUCCCUUCAUGGUUUUUUUCAACUUUUGAUAAAGAGCAGUAAGUGAAAGAGGGCCUUAAAAUAAAGUAACUUACCAAGUUUUCAAGGAGAUGCAUUUGAAGAGAGCAAAAAUACAUUGCUCCACAAAAUGUUGAAAUUUUACUCCACCAUACAAAGUCUGUAGAAUUUAGCAACUUUGCAGAACUAUAUCUUGGUUAAUUUUUAACAAAUCUUUUUCAAACUUAGCAAAUUUAAUGAUUUUAAGGUGUUCUUUCCAGCCAUGUUGACAGAUUUUCACUAACUGAGCCCAGUCAAAAGUUCAAUAAACCAUGAAAGGGUCUAUUCCUUGAAAGGGCUUUAUUCAGUGUUCCGUGUAACUAGACCAACGCCUCCCUUUGGAGAGUAAUGCACCUAUCAAUGUAAAGCCGGCGGGGGGGGGGGGGGCAGGGCAUGGGGUGGGGAUUUGUUUGUCUUUGUUGGCCCUGGGUUAGGGCAUUUGACUGAUCCUGUUCUCCCAGGGAGGGAUAUUUGAAUCUUUCUUCGCCCGACGUUGAGAUAUUUGACUGCCGACUCGGACAAAAGAGACUGAGACCGAACAUAUGUUUCCCGCUUUCACGCUUCACGCAUGCGCCGUACGGUUUGAAAAGAUCAGGAAAUCAUGGAGGCCAAUGAGAACAAGCGAAGGCUGAGUGGAUUUCACUGUUUUGUCUUCAAAUUUCGUUUGUUUUAGCGUGUUAGUGAUCAAUUGAACCUCUUAGAAUACUGUGAUAUCAAAGUAAACGGAAGUAAAGAGAAACCAAGUCGAUUUUUGCAAGUACAAUUGAUUAGUGUAUGGCUUAUUCGCUACAUUCACUGUAAACUGAUAAAACUGACUUUCUUUGUACCCUUUACUAAGAACACUAUAUUUAAACAAAAUGUGGACUUUCUCCUAAAGGUUUAUUUAUUCUACGCAGUGUAACACGGAUUAUGGUUAAAACGUAUAAUUGCAGCUGUAACAGGAACAUGUAUCUUUGGUGAUGCAGCAACGUUUAUAAAAGAUUGCAGAGUUUUAUUUAGAGAUACUUUUAUUGUGCCUUUCUUAGGUUCUGCCUUUGGAUUGACAGCAAUGUGCAGCCCGGGGUGGGGAAAUUUGGUUGCAUUUGACUGGAAUGAUUUGCCCGUGGGCAGGGAAUUUGAUUGAAAAUUUUUGAAAAAAGUCAAAUCCCCACCCUAUGCCCUGCCUCCCCCUCCGCUGGCAUUACAUUCAUAGGUGCAUAAGGCACAAUAAAGAUAUACUAUUAUACUAUACUUUACAAUUGGCUCAGAUAAUGUGGUUCUGACAAGCGUUCUAUCCCAGUUAGUAAUCUACUUAGUUAUGGUUUCUGUGGUGUUGUUUUUUUGAUAGGCUGCAAGAGAUGGCAAAAUUGAUCUUAUUGUACAAAAGCUUCGUAAAUUUGGAAGACACAAGACAAGACGUUUGAAAGCAAUAAAUAAAUGUGAUGAGCAUGACAUCACUCCUCUUCACUAUGCCAUUCGAUAUGGCCAUGUAGAUGUCGUCAAACUCUUGGUUGAGUAUGGAGCAGGUAAACCAGGAUUUCAAUUUAUGUUAAAUUGUGUGUGCUACAGUUGUAUAUCCAAUCUACUAUAAGAUAUCUUUGAAGAAUUUUAUUAUAUUAUCUUAAAAUAUUCAAUAACAGCUGUGACUGCACUGGUGCAAAGAUAAGAACUCUUUUACCCAUGGUGCCAGAGUUUUUUCUUUCUUUCCUCAUUCCUGAACUUCAUCAACUCGUGCAGAAGGGUUAUCCUAGUUAUUUCAAGAUUGGACCUCUGGAGCUAGGGCAGUCUGCAUGCAUCAACUGUAGUACAAAGACCUUCAAGAAUUGUGAAAACAGCCGAUAAAAAAUUAUUUGCAAAACUAAAAGCACAUUUUUAAGUUAAAAAACAUUUACUUGCGCAUGUCAUCAGCAGUUGAACUGAACUGUUUCUUAUAGGUUGAAUUUUUAGUUUAUAGACAAAAUAUUCUAAGCAUAACAGUGUGAACACAAGUAUGUUGAAACAUGUCUUGUAAACUUAAAAUAAUAAGAGUUUUAAUUUUAAGACUUCAAGAGACUAGUCGUCCUUUGUUUUGAGAUGUGGCUGUAAUGUGUGAUAGUAUAUUGGAAGAAAAAUAAGACUGAAAUGUAAGAAUUAUUUUCUUCGUCAUUAUUGUGAGCACCAUAUAAUUUUCAAGAGUAUCAACAAGUAGUUUCUUCAUGCUUUUCUUGUUUAGACACAGGGAUGAUUAGAAGGAAUUUUUAAAAAUACUUUUUCAGAGAUUGACAAGCCAGGGGAAGAUGGAGCUUUACCUUUGCAUUAUGCAGCAAGAUUUCGCUCAAGUGCCACUCGACAGCUUGCCAAUCGGCAAGCCUCACAAGUAGAUGCUACUGAUGGUGAAGUUAGUUCUGUUGUAGCACCUCUGGCACAGGCUAUAAGCAGUAACAGUCUCAUUGCAGGUCAAAAUGGAUUACAGGUUUGGAAAAAAGCUACACAGACUGUCCAACCUUUUGGGUAUGUAAAAUUGGGAUAUUUUUCAAUGGCCGACGAAUCACUCGAGCGCCGAAGGAGUGAGCCACUAGCGGGGUGUGGUGACAUGCUCUUCCAGAAAAUUUUGAAAUCUUGCUCUGAAAUGCCAUUUUUAGUGUUCUAUUUGGACAAGUUUUGUCUAAAAUAUUUGCUACUGAAAUCGAAUGUCAUUUUCAUGGUUGUUAACGUUUGCAUGAAUUCGGGUACAAAUACUUGAUUUUAUUUUACGUUUUUACAGUGCGGUCUUUUAAAGUUUUCUGGAUAUCAGUUUUAAAGUUAACACUGUGUUAGGUGUUCUUGUUGAGUAUCAAAAGAAUUAAUUGCAUGAUAAAAUCGGGAGUUUUCCUACCCCGAUCGCUCAUUGGUCGGGUUUCUUGAUUUUCUAGCAAAAUUGGGAGAAUCCCGACGAGAUCAGGAUGGUUGGACAGUCUGGCUACUGUAUAGCAUGCUGGCCUAGCUCUUUCUCCUCUAUAGGGAUCCCUGUUGCAUAUUCUAAUAACAGGCAAGCUGAAAUUAAGGGCCUUACCCUGUAACACCUGUUAUGGCUAAGGUCACUGGUUCUGCCCAUUACAAACACCUGUUUACGGCUGAGGUCAGUCACUCAUUACAAUUCAUCAAAGUAAAAAGCCACGUUUGAAAGUGGCACUGGAAAUUUUUGUACCAGGUUAAGGGUGAAUCUUCAGUUGCUACAUAGAGCUGCUUGAAAUCUUAAUGACAGCCCUGCUGACAGGAAUGUAGCUAUUUAGAGGCAACUGUUGACCCUGGUGGAGGUGGGGGGGGGGGGUGGGGGAACUGCCAUAUAUGGGCUACCAUAUAAUUAUGGUAUAUAGGAAUGUGCCAAUGUGGAGAGUAUGGUUUUCAAGCAGUUUACUCUGGGAUGGGGUAUAUAAAUUAGAGAGGUUCGGUCUAGAAUAUGGUAUCAUUUUCCAGGAAACUGAUCAAUGGAUGACUAGGGAAACCGGAAAUUACCACUCAAAAAUACAAAAAAAUCAAAUUGGUUUUGUUUUGGCUGGACUUUGCUAGUGACCCCAAUAGUUUCUGGAGAACAGCUACUCUAGGAUAGGGGGGAUUUGGGGAGUUUAGUCUAGUAUAGGGUAGCAAGGGUAUUGUAGUAUAGGCUAAGGGUUCCAGGGUCCCAGUACCCCUCCCCGGGCUGUUGACAAAUUUCACCAGCUGAAAAAGAGCUAACAAGCUCAAAUUGUGCUGGAAAAUGAAAACAUGGGGGUAUAAUUUUGUAGGUACAGUUGAUAGCCAGCUGCUGACUGGGAUGUAGCUAACGUAGAACCCCGCCUUACGGCCACCUUGCUAAUAUGGUCGCCUCGUUAUUGCUGCCAGUUUUUUUUGGCCUGGCAAAAUGGCUAUACCUUUCCUUAGAAAAAAAAAAACGUUAAUAGGGUCACCCGUUAAUAUGGCCUCGGGCCACAUUUUAAAAUCCCAAACAAUAGAAUCCCUUAUAAUUUCACCCCGUUAAUAUGAUCACUGGUUCAAAAUUUUGAAAAUUAAAAUGCCUGUGACAUGUCAAUUUUAUUGACCUAGUAAUCUAAGCUUAUUCUCAUACUGUUUUUAGACUACAGUACACUUAAAAUGCACUGGUGGCGAUUUAUAGCCAAAUUUUAGAAGAGUUUCAUGUAAUGAAGGAAAAUUUUGAGACGUUUUUUCAUUUACUGUAUGCGAUAUCUACAUUCUGGUCAUUUAUUAAAUGAAAACAGUACAGUGAAUGCAAUGUGCGGUGUAUUCCUGGUGUAUUUGUCAUUACAGCCCUCAAGUCAUGAAAUUUGAGCCUACCCCAGUAAUAUGGCCACCCCGUUAAUAUGGCCAAUUUUUUGGCCCAUUAGUGACUGUAUUCAUGGGUUCCACUGUGUUUAGAGGCAACUGUUGACAAAUUUCACCAGCUGAAAGAGAGCUAACAAGCUCAAAUUGUGCUGGACAAUGGGGGUAAUUUUUUAGGUACAGUUAAGUAAAAAGCUUGCUUGACUGAUAAAUAUGUCUACUUAGCUUUUCCUUGGCUACAUCCCUGUAGUGAAGUCAAAAUUAUGAAAAACAGGUAAGCACCUCUUGGGGUAUUAUGGAGGAGAGAACCUAAAUUUUCGCUAAAACUGAGUUAAUUUUGUUUAAAAACCUAUUUUGGGUAAUGUGGGGAAAUGUAGGUUCUGUGUAGUGCUAUUCUUUACAUUUUGUUUCACUUGUAGGCUAAUGAUGCAGACGAAUCUGAAUCCUUGAUAUCAUACCUUGUUCAAUGUAAAGCAGAUUUUAAUGCAAGAGACCAUUAUUUAAUGACACCACUUCAUUAUGCAGCAUCCAAAGCAAAUCUUACUGCUGUAAAAGAGUUACUGCAGUUUGACGGAAUCAAAAUUGAUGUGAGUUGUUUUAACCAUAAAAAAUUACAGUCGAUUUCCAGUUUGAACCUUCUAGGAAAAUAGAAAAAAGUUCAAGUUAUUGGGAGUUCUAAGCAAAUGACCAGAAAUAAGGAAAUAAACAAAUGGGAUCGGGAAGGAAUGCAAGUGUCAUGAACAUUUCACUUCAAGGGCAGCAAGAGAUAUUUUGAAAAAGGAUUUAAGCAAGAAAGCUUUCGAACUGCAGUGCACUAUUUUUUUUGGACUUGUCACAUCCUUAAUUAAACAUGGUUCGAGUUAUUGAGGGUACCCUGGUCCCAGAGGUUUUUCUCGAUUUUUCUUCGCGAAAGAGAUCAACAGCAAGCCGCGAAGCGGCGACAACGAGUCGCGUAAGCGACGAGGAGAGAGAGAAAAACCUCUGGUUACCUUGGCCUCGAAUCUCACUUUCAUGCAGACGACAGCUGUCAAACGCGUCAAAUUGCUAAUAAAAAGAGUGACCAAUGGCAACUUAUCAAACACGUGCUUAUCAGCCGCUAUUUUUUUAAGUGGGGGUAGACCUGGGGAAAUUAUGUUAUGAACAAACCAUCUUCACUUGGGUGGUAAAGAGUGAUUUGUUAAUCGGGGUCAAGCUAAAGCAUGUGUUAACGAUGGGUGACAAGAGUCCAGGAAUAACAAGACCACUUUAUAAAGAAACCGACAUUGUUUCAAACGAAUGCUGCAGGAUUUGCAGAAUUUAUUUGGGUAUAAUAACAAGUAUUUUUCACAAACAUUGUCAUCUGUUCUGUCGGCAGUGUGCCAGCGGGAAGUUGUGAAGUUUGCAAGAGUCUAUCAAUCGCGCUUAUUACAUUGUUUACUUCUGCGGGGCGCGCCGUUCGCGUCGAUUCGCGGGCAUUCCCCUGAAAAUAGUAAUAUUAAUAUGUAUUCUGGCAAUCUGGCUCUCAUUUUGGUUUGGUGGCUCCAUUUCCUUUUUUUGUGGAACAACGACGCUAGGAAGAGUCAUGCAGCACAACAAACCCUUAAGGUUCGGAAUGUACUUUCAGAGGUUUUUGUUGGCCCAAUAGACCUAUUCGGCUAACUCAAUGUACCCAAUUCAAACCCUUUGGGAAUAAAACGUUUUGUUUCAGGAAUUUCCAUAUCAUUUAAAUGUGAAUGCCACAUUAUAAUGCUAAUGCAAUACACAUAGAAUCUUAUCCCCGGGAGAUUUGAAUUGGGUACAACAUUGAGUUAGCCCAAUAGGUCUAUGCCAAAAAUAGCGUCGGUUAGAUCUUUUUUGGGCGUCGCAGGAAAAUCAAGCUGCACCGAAAAUGAUUACGCACUGGCACAAAGUUGUAUGUUUUUUUUUCCUACAAGGAAACUUUCAUUCCGUAUUCGGAGAUUUUUUAUUUUGCUGCCCUAAACAAGUUAGUUUAUUUAAUGGAAUGACAGCAUUGUAACAGAAAAUAUACUUUCCAUGUCCGCUUGAUAAAAUGGUGAACACAUCCUUUCGACUCAACGCAGCGAACAAAGCUUUCUUUUGUUGCUCAGUGAGACUCGGGAAAGCGCUCAUUAAGUACCGAGGUCAAAAUUUUCUUCGAAUAUUCUUUCAGGAACAACAUCCAUGGCGUGCCUCUACGUGCCUUGGUCCCGUGCAAAUGUUAUUGCGAGUGCAGCAUACAAACAAUUUUCUUCCCUAGUAGAGAGAGGCAAAAAUGAGGUGUGAAAAUCCUCAGCGUCCCCUCGGUACUUACAAUUAAACGAGCCAAUCAAAUUGGUUUGCGCGUUUGAAAAACUAUCAACCAAUCAACGCCCGAGGGUCAGAUCCUGACCCUGUCGUCUGCAUGAAAGUGAGAUUCGAGGCCAAGGUAACCAGAGGUUUUUCUCUCUCUCCUCGUCGCUUUGGCGACUCGUUGUCGCCGCUUCACGGUUUGCUCUUGAUCUCUUUCGCGAAGAAAAAUCAAGAAAAACCUCUGGGACCAGGGUAUAUUGGGGGUAAAAUUAUGUAGAAAUGACCUGAAGGGAAACAAAACUAGUUCAAGUUUCCAGGAGAUUCGAGUUAUCAAGGGUUCGAGUUACCGUUACAGUAAAUGACAUGGAGGAAAUCCAGGGGAAAUCAAUAAUUAUUUUGAUUCAAGUUUAUAGGGGUGAGGUUAUAAUGAGGCUUCAAAUUAGCGGGACUCAACUGUAACAUGAUCUACAAAAUACCAUUUUGUAUUACUCUUACUUUUAUUAUCAUUUUUCAUCAUCGUCAUUAUUAUUAUUGUUAUUAUUAUUAUUAUUAUUGUUAUUACUUUCACAUGGUAUGGUACUUUUAUUGAUUCAGUAUGUACAGUUGUAGUUCUAACUUUUGAGUCUGUGAAUGAAAUCCUACUCGGGUGUGACCAUUCAAGUGAAACCUCUUCAGCAGUUCUUUUACAUAUAGAACAAUUUGUUUAGGAUGCAGUUCUAACUUCGAAGUCUGUGGGCAAACCCCUAUAAAUAAUGUUACACCAUUCAAAUGAAACCUCCCGACUUUUUCAAAUAUGCUGUCAUAUUCUGGUAUCUGUAAGUUUAGAAAACUGGGAGUAUAUUAUUGCUGAAGGGUUUUUUCUAGAAAUCCAAGAGCUAAAUCCUAAAUCUAAUCUACAAUAAUUAAAACAGGCAGUGGACACAAGUGGCAGUACUGCUCUUCAUUGUGCCGCAACAGAUGGUGCCGUAGAAAUUGUUAAAACAUUACUAGAGGCUGGUGCAGAUGCUAGAGCCAAGGACUAUGAUAAGAUGACACCAAUACACUUUGCGUGCACUGAUGGAAAUCUAGACACCGUGAAAACUCUGUUUGAACAUGCAGAAAAAAGUUGUGAACUGUCUACCAUGCUAGAAGAGAGGAACAGAGAUGGUGAAACAGCCCUGCAUGCAGCAGUGGAGGGAGGUUAUAUUGACAUUGUACAGCUUUGUUUAGAGAAGGGUGCUGAUGUUAGGUCAAGAAGAGCAAAUCUUGCUCAUCCACUACAUAUUGCCGCCAUUAAUGGUCAUGUUGAGAUUGCCAAAUGCUUGAUGCAACACCAUGCCAAGAUCGAAGCACGGAAUGUGAACCAUGAGACACCCCUUCAUAAAGCCUCGCAAUCUAAUAAACCUAGGAUGGUGGAGCUCCUUCUUGAAAAGUAAGUCUGAAUUCAGUGAAGUAAGAGUAGUAAUAGCGGGACCUGAAGAUCCAGUUCAGUAGUGUGGAGAGAAGUAGAUUUUUUUGCCGGGCAAGUUACCUAGUGCAAAGCUUAUUUGUUCGCCCAAUGGGCAAGGGCCCAGUAGUUUUCAAUCCAGACUGCUUAUUGACAUCAGAAUAUUCUUUUCCGACCAUAAAUUAAAUUAUCGUGGAGUCAUACUGAUGCAAAAAAGUUACUUCAUAUGUAAGUACUUCCAAAGCCGCAGGUAAAAAUAAAAGUAAAUUUUCAAAAAAAGGUGCGCUUACUAGCCUGAAAUAAGCGUACGGAAUGACUGUCAUUCAAUUUCAGACUACGUGCUUACGAUUAGUUUUUAUGUCACUCUUUCCGCGCAAUUCUGAGAGAGACCGGAGUGUACAUUCACGCUUCGUUUGUUGACUUUUUUUUUUGUUCCAUUAUGAAACAGCAACAAAAGCUAAGUUCAUUUUCUACGAAAAAGAGAAUGGCAGUUGAAUCUGAAAAGCAUGAAGAUGUCCAUUAGGGUUGUUCAAAGUUUGUCCCAGACCAGUUUUGAAAUGACCCAAAUUAAAAUGCCACGUGGGACAUAUGACCCACUUUGACCAAUUUCUAGAUUGAAGACUGGUCCAGGCAAGUCUCCUGUAGCUUAAUUGUUUACUAAGACAAUUAGCAGGAACUGGCCCCUUCCGGCAAGCAAAUCUUGCCUUCACCACCCAGAGAGACCCACACAAGAGUAGAUACAGGGGCCUGUAGGUUAGCUAGGACCUUAAAUCCAGUUUAUUGCAAAAUUACCGUAAGACUUCAAGACCAGACUUAAUUACAAAACACCCUAUGAUGAAAAACAACUCUCUAAAGAAACAAAGUACGACACCGGCGGAUGCGAAAACCCAAAACCACUUUGUAGAGGAAAGGGGAUGUAUACCCCCUCCUGAUGAAAUCAGCUGCAGUGUCGACAACUCAGGGGCAGAGGUACGCUAAAAACUAACGACUGCCAAAAUGCCCACAGACAAAUAGGACAAAAUUGGCACAUAAUAUAAAAGUUAGCAGCAAAAAUGAAUGCUGACCUAUACUGAUUCGAAUUUGCAACGUACAAUUAAACAUAUCUCAGAAAGCUACCCACAAUUCCUCCUAGCCGACCCAGUCCUUUAGCCUGUGCCGGCAAAAUAACUAUUUUUGUCUGUUUCGUUAUGCUUCGCUGUCCGAAAUACCAUAAUGUGAGAGCUGCUUGCCCAAAGGACCAGCUGGAAUUUCAGUUUCCUUUUAGUCCUGAAUAUGUCAUCAGUCAAGUCAUUCAUGGCAAUCAAAGUUACAGAAAUAUACAUUUCUUAGCCGGCCAUAUUGUACAGUUAUUUGAUUUUAGCUCAGAUGGUUAAUUACUGGUUGAAGCUAUAGAGCACAAACUUAGGAAAAAUAAUCCACUUCUAUUAACUUUAAUUGAAAAUGAAUAAAUAGAGACGUUAUUUCCAUGUCGGUAAGAAAUAAGAAUCUUACCCAAAGGAAAAUUUUUAUUCCUCCAUGACCAAAAGAAGAAGGGAAAAAAGUAAGACAGAGAUGUUAAAUAACAUUUCUACAACAUCAAGCAUUUUUCACUGGUUUUCUGCAGAGGAGCCGACAUUGAAUGCCUUGAUAAAGACAACUACACUCCACUGCUCGUUGCUGCCAGUGAGGGACAUACAAAUGUUGUACAGCUUCUGUUAAACAGAGGAGCAAACUUAAAGGCUAAGGAUACCCAAGACAAGACUGCAAUUUUUUUAGCUGCCGAAGAAAACUCCAUCGAUACAUUAAGGGUAUGACGUGUUUAGUUUGAGACUGUACUUAUCUUUUUACUGUACCAAAUAACAUUUAGUGGACAAUCCCUUUUACCCAAAUGGUUUGACACUUAUUAGUCAAAGAUUUUCGUUGUCAAUACAUAGUUGUACAUAAUUCCACAACAUAUAUGUGGAACCUUGUGUGACAAGGUCGUGACUUUAAGGCCGCGAGCCAAUUGUUGGCUUCACACUAGAAGCGAAGUUAGUUUCAAGUAAGUACUUGAUUCAAGUGCACUUCGAAAUCUUAUGUCGCUCUGUAGAAAACAUGGCUUCCUACUUGUUAGCAAAGUAUAUUAAUUGAAGCAAAAGCUGUCCUGGAACCGCUACACGUGCGUAUCGUGCACAUGGCUUCCAUUUCUUAUUGGUCAAGUGUGUUCUCAAGUGUGGUGUAGACCAUACUUGGAGGCGAACUUGGGCUUCUUUGAACUACUGAGGUUUUUAUGGUCACCAAGUAAAUUUGAAGUAGGUACAUUUUACCCCCGUCACACUCAAAGUAGGUUCCAAGUGCACUUACAUUAUACUUGAAGCUCUAGUGUGAAACCAAAAAAAUGAUGGUGGAGAUACUGUAGAAUGCUGAGAAUUAUAAAAAUUAGUUAAUAUAAUAUUAAUUUCAAAAGAAUAAAAAUGUUUGGCAGUCCUUCGUAAUCAUUUUUUGUUAUUAAAAAAAGAUGCCGUGAAGGAAUUUAUGAUUGCAUGAAAAGUACUUUGAAUUUUUCUUUUACAGGAAAUCCUGAAGCACAGUGAUGCUAAAGUUCUUGUGGAUGAGUGCGAUCUCUAUGAAAAUACCCCUCUCCAUGUUGCUGCUAAAAAGGGAUAUGCCUUAGUGACUGAGGUUGGACUGUUGCAAAAUUUUUUGCAUUCGUGUAAUAUUAGUGAGAUAGAUCUUUUUGACACAAAAUUUAAAUUUUAAAUGCUUGCUUUUAAAACAAAAAUACCGUACUUCUUCAUAGAUUGGUUUAUCAUACUGAAUGAAGAAAAAUUUUCAGCAAAAAGCGGCUGCAAAAGUUCUCAGAAAGAUGAAAGCCCCAAAUGUCAUGGGGCAGACAUUGCCGCCCUGGUGUACACGUUUUUGUGAAUUGGGAACAAACCAAUCUGUGAAGAUAUAAUAAUUGUUUUAAAUUUGUUGAAAUUAAAGGUAUUAAAAAUAAUUGUAAUUUUACUUGGCAUUAGUAAAAAGGUCGUGACAUUGUCGUUUGCAUUGAAUGAUGAUUAUGGGAAACAUUUUACGGACAUCUAAACUGGGCUGUUGAUUGUGAUUUUUAGGCAUUAUUGAGUCAUGGUGCCAGGAUAGAUGCAAGAAAUGAAGAUGAGAAUACUCCUUUGCAUUUGGCAGCAGAAAAUGGAAAAGUAAGGUAAUACUAUAUACAGCUGUAUUUACCCGUUUUAUCCCUUAAACCAUCAUUCAUUUGAUUAAGUGCGCAAUUAACCUCCAAUAAACGCCAGGUUACCUUUAUCAUUAUUGCGAUCGACCGAGUGGUUUCUGAUGUGUUUGACGUUUACUGAAUUUCUAAAACGAGAGAAGAAAGUAAAUAAUAAAUAUCAAAAUUUAAAUGUUCCACAGAUUUAGGUUACUCGUCUGCAGUGAUUUUGUUACCUCGGCGUCCUGGGUCCCUAAUGACAGAUGCAUAGAAAUCCCCAAUGACGCAAAAUAAUUCAUGGCAUGCGUCCCGUAGGACGACAGAUAUGAACAUCAUAUUUGUAGAAAUAUCCCGUUCGUGUAAUUUCUGUGGCAGUUAUUAUGGCCGUUGUUUAACGAUGUAUAUUUCUUUUAGCCUUUAUAUAUUAGAAGGACUAUAUUUUAAUUUCAGUAUACUGUAAUACAGAGUUUUUGGAGUCUGUCUUCAGAUUAACUGUCUGGUUACAUGAAGGCCCCGGCCAAGCAUUUUCAAUUUCGAACCCGUUUUUUUUUUUUGAACUGGGACUCAUUGGUUCUGGACUGGGACUCAUGAUUUUUAACAAGAUGAUUCCCAGGACUCGCCAUAACUAUUUGUAACAAAAUCACUGAUGUUUUACGUAGGACUGUAGUUGAACUUCUUAGAAAAGAUCCUUCAAUCAUCAAUGAUGAAGAUGAAGCCUCAAACACAGCACUCCACCUUGCGGCAACUGAAGGUCACUUAAAGUGCUGCAAAGAAUUACUAGAGCGAGGAGCUGAAGUGGACGCAAGGUUGGCUAGGGUGUUUUUUCUUUAACUGCAGCUAAUAAGGCCCUGGGACAUUGUUUAAAGGAGACAACGUAUUGAAGUGAUUUUUCAAUAGUUUAUUUUUGCUAGUUUUAGAUAAAAACAGGCGCGGAUCUAAGGAAAAUACUGACCGAUUUCCUAAUUUUCUUAGGCGUGCCGCCCAAGGAAAAUUUUUUCGAUUUUAAGUUCCUAAAGUUUCCCUUUCCUGGGUUUCUGAGUCAUUCAGACAGGAUAUAGGCCAGUUCCAUUCUUCUCGGAUGGAGCCUUGCAACUUGGGAAGUUUUUUUUCUUUAAUAUAUCUAUAUUAUGAAAAAUCUGACCGAUUUCCGUAAAACUGGUGUUGAUCCGCGCCCGAAGAACUUCUGUGACACAUAACGGUAUUGGUUAAGUAAUCUCUGUGCCAGAUAUUAGGGACGUUAAGAUCCGAGGACGGCGAUGCGGUGAAAACGUUGCUUGACAGUUUGCGUUCAGGGUCAGCGAUGAUUCUGAUUUCCAGCAAAGCUUUUGAAUAUAACCUUAAUUAAAGUAAUGGUAAAUUCAUUUAAGAAUGACUUUGUCGCUGUCGGUGUAAUAUAACUGCAAGUGUCACACUGAGUAAACUAUUUUGAUUGCUUCAUUGCUCAGAUGUUAUAUGUGCUUUAGAAAAGUCCAAAGAAUCCGCAUAUUAUCUCUUGUUCGCAUGUGCUCUCCGUAGCUUUUAUACAGUCGACAUCCCGGUAACUCGAACCUCCCGUUAACUCGAAGCAAUUUUUAUUCCCCAUCAGAUUGUUUUCUAUAUAAUGUUACCCUCGAUAACUCGAGCUCCCGAUAACUCGAACUUCUUUCUAUUUCCUUUGAAGGUUCAAAUUAUCGGGAUUCUACUGUAUGUAUAUAAACAAAUCAGCAUCUUUCAUUUGUUCAUUUAUGUCUCUAUUAAAUGUCUCUAUACUGACCAACUGUUGCGCAUGAGUAGUCAUUAGUAAGCACUUUUUUUGCAUGCUACUGUUUAAUUGAAGGAACUCGACAUUAUGGACCCCAUUGGAUUGUGCUGCAGCCAAAGGCCAUUUGAAAGUGGCUAGUCUGUUGCUGGAGUUUGAUUCACCUAUUGAUCCCACAGAUAAAGCAAAGGUAAACAAACAAAUAUGUGUACCCUCUUGUUGGUAUUCUGCGGUUACAGUAAUAUUUUCCAUGAUCUUCCCUUAUAUAUUAUUGCUUCUAGUUAGUAGUCAACCGUCCCUUUCUAAUCUGUGAUUACCAGGCGUCAGUUUUAUUACGAAGUGUGAGUAAAUAGAGAGCUUUAGAUUCUAAAACGAGGACGACCACGAGUGCGAGAUUUUCUCAAUAGUAAGUAGUACGCUCGCUUGAACCAGCGUCAUUACGGCGGAAAACGCGAUAACCGUCGUCAUUCUACUACGAGUUUUAGCGAGAAUCUCGAAGUGGCGGAAAGAAGUUAUCAAAUGUUAGAAGUUUUACCAUUAUGCGAUCGGGAGAGGGUUUAACCACCUGCAAUCAAGGUAACAGUGCUAACCUUUUCGUCCUCGAAUCUAAUGCUAGGCUACUCACGUUUUGAAGUUUACUCUCGCUUUGACAAGUUCUGACUUAAGAGCUCUGUACCCUGUUUAUAUGAAAAAUUGUCUUUGUUUUUACAGACUACUCCACUGCACUUGGCUGCAAGAGAAGGACACCCUGAAGUUGUAUCCCUGUUACUGUCCAAAGGAGCCGACAUAACACUUACAGACCACACAGGGCGAAACUGUCUUGAUUUAGCGAUAGAUAAUGGUCGCAAGUAUGAAGUGAUUGUUGUUACACCUGUUACCACCACAAAGUACACCCGAGCGUAGUCUCCAACAUUUGAUGAUAUCGGAUAGAAUACAAUAACUUUUGUGUGUGAUCUCAAAUUCUUUAAAAAGUCUUGAAGGGGAAACCAAGGACCUUAAAAUAUAUGUAUAGGCAAUUUUAAGCUUCGAAUUCUUUAAUUAUGAUUGUUUGUUUGAGGAGCUAUAUUAAAGUCGCGAUACAAUGGUCCAUCUCGAUAUCCUGACAACCCGAACAUGGUAUGCAAAAAGAAACGCCGCUACAUUUCGAUUUUAACCUACGUUUCAGUGUCUAGGUAUCACAUUAUUUUUGUUUUCGUGUAAAAAUACUUCCUUGUGUAAUAUAUCACCUAAACAUGAAAUUGCCUCCUUCCAAAUCUUUUAGUGUUUCGGUUCUGUUCUCGCAUAAUCAAACGAUAUACAAUAUCGUAUCUGCUAAAAAUAUUAUUUGCUAAAAGUAUUUGACCGUGGUACACUAACUUGUCUUCCUCUGUUUUGUGUUCUACACUUAUGCCCCAGCUCUUUAAAUUUUGUGUUAAGCUACGCAAUCCUUUAUAAGGCAUCUUUUUGGUUUUAGGGAAGCAGCACGUGCUAUUGUCAAUGAUGAAAACUGGAUGCAAGCCAUGCGGAACAAGACUUGGGAACAACGUCGUGUAACCACACCAAUGAGGAAACUAAUUAUUAAACUUCCUGGUAUGUUUAAACCUUUAAGCCCUAAGAGUAAUCAGCAUCAAAUUUCUCCUUGUAAUCUAUAUCAAUGCUUUGUAAAACAGAGUGGUCAUGAGAAUUACGGACAUGAUCACACAAGAUGAAUUUGCUUGAUAUUUUAUCAACUUCUCCCCACUACUUCUGUAGGAAAUGAAUAAGGGCAACAAAUGAGAAUUCAAAUUUUGAUCUAAGGGUUUUAAGGGUUAACGUCAUAUGGGGAUUUAAUAUUAUAAACUAAAAUGACUGCUUUUCUGUAAAGAUCCUUAAACCAUUUUCAAAAAAUGCGGCAAUAAUGUGAGCAGUUGCUCUAAUCAUCAUAUUUUUUUAACUGGAAGACAGGAGAUGUUCCUACCAUUUCUUAUGUAUUCUCUUCCUAUUUUGUUUUGUGAUCGAUGAAAGAUGGAAUAGUACCUGGGAUUAUCAAGCUUUCUUUCGCAGUAAAGGACAUACAAUCAUCAUAUGAUUAAGUCCAUAAUACUCAGACACAGGCAGAUUUGGUUUCCCAAAGAUAGCAAACUUUAUAAUGCAAAAUGCGGAGCUUUAGAUCUAUUCCUUUGAUGUUCCAGUUUGACUUUGAGUUUCCUUCCCUGUUCUGUGAAAUUCUGAAAACUAUGCGCUUCUCAUUCAAAUUGGUCUUUUUAUUUGUUCUUGUCUCUUCAGAAGUGGCAGAGAUCGUAUUCAACCGCUGUAUCAAAGAAAGUGGUGUUAAUACUGAAGACGAAAACUAUCAGAUCACCCUCUAUUAUGAAUUCUUGGAAGACGUGUACUCUGACUGGUUAGAUAACGAUGGAACAGCAUCCGAGACUUCCAGUGUGGCGAGUUUCUCCAUGGAAGAUGAAACUCCAGAAGACGAUAUGUAUCAGAGACUCAGAGGCAAAUCUGCAAUGGAAGAGGCUGUUAAGCAGCUGGAAGAAAAGAAAAGCCAUCCGCUGAUGAUUAUGGUGAAAAUACGUGUUCUGAUAAUUUUUAGGGUACUAAAGUGACCUAGUGUGUGUGUGGAGGGGGGGGGGGGGGGGGAGAGGUGGAUUCGUCCAGAGUGAAAGUGACAAGUAUGAUCGAAGGAUUUGCGGGGGUUUAAAAUUUUCCCUUCCGGGAUUUUUCGGGUGGGAAAAUUUGGCAAAUAUAUUUUUGGGUGCCCUGAUUUAGUAGGGUCUUUGUGGUUAUUCGAAACAAUCUGAAGAUUGGUAUAGUAACGCGCGCGUAUUCCGGCCGUGUAGUUCUAUACUACCAGAUGACAAAAACAUAAAAUUGACACGGUACGAUGGCUAAACAACCCCAAACUUUUAACUACCUUUUUUUGUUUUUUGGCGUGUCAUAUCAUUUAAUCCUUUAUGGAAAAAUUUUAGGGCUUGGACAUUGGGAUUUUUUGGGGGGUAGUAAAUGUUUCAUCUAGGUGAUUUAUUGGGUUUCCAUUGAAGUCCUAGGGAUCUGUGUGGGGGGGGGGGGGAUUCGAUUUUUCCUCUAUUUGAUCAUCCCCGUCACUCCGCUGUACCCCCUUCCCCGGGUGUGGCCAUUUUUGUGGCUUGGGUUCAUAUGCCGGAGGAGAGGUCAUUUGUGGGUUGAGUUUGUUGUUGACUCCCGUCGGUGAUCCGUGCGGGUCUUUUAAAUUCCAUAAUCGAUUUUUUAAAGACUCCAUGGUGUAAAAUGAAUAACAGUCGAAUGUUUUCCUCAUUGUUACAGGUAAAGAACCAAAGAGAACAGUUGCUUGGUCAUCCCCUUGUCACCUUUCUACUACAUUACAAAUGGCAGACGUUUGGAAGAUACAUCUAUUACUUUAAGCUCUCUCUUUAUAUAAUUUUCCUGUUUUUCUUGACUGGUUAUACUGUCUACUCCACUGAUAACGCCCCAAAUUGCAAUAAAACAAACGCUAGUGUGAGUAAUGACCUAAAAGACUCUGUUCCGUAUUUGUUAUGGAUAGAGGUUGGCCGUAUUGUGAUUUUGGCAUUAGCAUCCUGGCACAUACUCUCUGAGGUAGGUCGUCAUACGCUGUAUUGUGACUACAGUUUUACCUGACUGUACUUGAUGAAGAACGUUAGGCCUUGGUCAGACACGUUACUAAACACGAGCAGAAUCGAAUUCCAUUUAGGCCGAUCCAAAUUGAGUUAGACCGGCUGAAUUGAUUCAGACGCCGAACUUUAUUGUAACCGAACCAAAUUCAAAAGAUUAGAAGUGCGCAUUGGAUUUUAGAUACAUCAUAAGGAGUUUUAGAUUUGGCGCGGCGACUGAAUCAAUGUCGGUUCCCAGCCUUCAUUACACGGCCAUUAACAAAUAAUCUCCUGGUAAUAAGAACCGAAAUAUCACGCUAUCGGUCUGAUUGUUGUGUAAUUCUUACAUAUACAUUUUAAGGUAUACUUAUAUGUUAGGGUUCAAUAGGGCCACUUACACGAGGAAAAAUAAGACGCGUCUUACAUAGGACGCGUCUUAAAUAAGACGCAAACUUUCCGUAUAAACGGCACAUUUCGUCUAAAAUAAGACGCGGCUUAGCUAAGACGCGUCUUAUUUUAGAACAGCCCUUAACACCUGUUCUUAGAUAAGAAGCGUCUUAGCUAAGACGAGAAAAACUUCGUAUAAAUGACCUUCGCGUGUUAAAUAAGACGCGAACGCAUAGUACGCAUGCGUUAAUUUUUGGCGCGCCACGUUGGAUUGCCGUUGCUACGGGCAACAUUCACAUAAAAACAAGUCAAGAACAGAAAUAAGACGCGAACCAUUUAUAUGAGCUGUUCUCGUCUUAGAUAAGACAUGCUUAUAUAAAUGGUACAGUUCGCGUCCUAUUUAAGACAUGCUUAUAUAAAUGGUACAGUUCGCGUCCUAUUUAAGACGCUUCUUAUUUUUCCUCGUAUAAAUGGCCCUAUUAUCUUGUUAUAUUUUCUUCGUUUGGUGACAGGUAAAGGUACUAAAAUUUCCCGACAUAUUUGACAUUCUUCUGAGAAAACCCAACCUGAAGAGGGGAACGAUUUUCAUGAUUUGUGAACGUGGCCUUUUUUAGCCUUGGGUAAACGUACCUCAUGUAAACCAAGCCAGGAAACGUAAUAAAACAGAGUAUACCUUCCUCUGCCUGUCCCAGGAUGUCUGUCAUAUGAACCUAGUUCAUUGGCGUUCGCUUUGAUGCGUCUUUUGUAGCGUAGUGGUAGAGCAUCUGGAAUGUUAAGCAGACGGUUAAAACCCUGUUGGAAGAUCAUAGUCACGGAUGUUUUCAUUCCGAUUCGCCUGUGUCCCCGGCGUAGUAGUAAAUGUACUAGGCUUUUCUCCUGUGUGUGCUUUUUCAUUUUUCAGAUCAACAUUGUUACAUGGGAAUGCCUUUUAUUUUUUUCUUUCAGUUAUUCCAAAUGUUUUACCAGCGCAGACAAUAUUCUAUUUUUGAAAACCUAUUGGAGUGGGCUGUGUACGUGCUGGCCAUUAUUUAUGUGGCGGAUGAAUUUGACGUUCCCUUGGUAAACAGGUAAUUUUACGACUGAUGGGUCAGUGAAGCUGACCCAGUCUAAACUGGUAACUCCCCAUAACUAUCAGCUCGCCUACCGUAUUUAUUCAAAUAAGCGCCCAACCUCGAAUUGGCGUCCACCUCGAAUAAGGGCCCAUCCUAAAGGCAGAAAACGUUAAAAUAAGCGCCCAGCCUCGAAGAAGCGCCCACUCUCACUCAAACUCAAAUAAGCGCCCAGUCCCACUCAAACUCAAAUAAGCGCCCUAGCAAUCCAUGACCUAAGACAAUGAUGACUAGUUUCUGCUGUGCUCAAAUACCUGCUUAGUUUAAACUCUGCCCAUUAUUAUUCACUUGCUUGGCACUGAUAAAAAAAUUUAGUGGAAUUUUCAAAGUCGGUGUUAUUGUCUUAUGUAUUUUCUUGUGUGUUCCACAGAUGUAGUGAAGACAAACAAACCAUUGGAGCAUUAUCAAUUUUCUGUGCCUGGAUGGCCCUGGUGUUGUUCAUAAGAAAGUUUCCCAGGCUUGGAAUAUACGUUGUGAUGUUUACCAGUAUAAUGUAUACAUUCACGAAGUUUUUCCUGAUAUUUUUGCUGUUCCUGGUAGCUUUUGCUUUGGCCUUUUACACCUUGUUGAAAGACGAGGUCAGUAACAUGGGCCUCAUUUAGGCCCCGUCCACGAAUAUCUGUUUUUGUUUGAAAACCAGCGGUGGAUGCAGACCUUCAGAUAAGGGUGGGUGGGUAGGGGGGCUUGUCAAUCAGACCCUGAGAUAAGGGGGCCGGGGCGGUCUCAAAAAAUUUUUUUCGGCCCCUCGGGCCUUAGUUUGGUUUCAAAAUAAGUGGGGGUGUGGGGUGGGGCGGGUCCCCCUGGCCCCUCCCCUGGAUCCGCCAUUGAAAGCGGAGAUAUUUCCUCUGGUUUGGCCUACCGUUCUUAACCCUUUUAAGUCCCAAUGGUGACCAACAUCAAUUUUCUCCUAACAAUACGUUGUCAAGAGAACUGGUUACGAGUAUUAAUCAAAUGAUCUCGAAAGCACAUCUUUUUUAAAACGUUCUGCAGAUUCGAGAUUUUUUAAAACGCCGUUUUCUGCACUCCGUGAGGAUGGACGGAGUUUUUUUGAAAACGAAUACGUCAAGGUGUUGGAUACCAAUAAAUGCGCAUGCUCCCAUCAAAGGUGAAUUCUAAUUGGCUAAUCGCGGGAAAGGAAUGUGGUUCGAUUUUCAGCAGCCGAUAGUGGGGAGGAGCGUUGCGUGACGACACCUAAAAACGGCUGUGUAGCGGACUAGGUAGCCCCAAGUUUAAUUCCUCGGCCAAGCUUGUAAAUAGAAAAACUGAUUAAUUCCUGUCAGAUGGGGUUGGGUUUUUAAAAAUGUUUUGAUUCAUUCAGAUUAUUUAUUUCUGUUUAUUUGAGUGGAGUUCCUAUUAACUAGCUGGAAACACCAAGUACACUUCCACUAUAAUCAAAGCUUUACCUUUAACCCUUUCACUGCCAAAUGUGGCCAAAGGCAUUUUUCGACCAAAUUUCCAAAUGUCUUUUUCUAAAAUUUUGAAAAACAAAUAGCACCAUGUGAAAGUACAGGCAGAGAGCUUUCAUUUGAAUGGUCACAUCAUAGGAUUUCGUCAACAGACUCAAAAGUUAGAGUCACCUUACAAAACUCCAUCAAGUACUCUGGCAGUGAAGGGGUUAACUUUGACCUUUACCUCGUCCAUGUCCCGUUUUUGCAUUUUGUAUUUGUCUGUUUUGUUUUGCAGUUUCUGGAGGGGUUAUACUAACUUUUUAGUCAAUUGAGUGCUCGGUUGAAAAGUGCUGUAAUUUUCCAAAAUUUCAUUAACUAGCUUGCAUAGAGGCAGUAUGAUCAUAUCAUGCAAUUAAGCUCUUAAUACAACAAAGCAACAAGUCAUUGCUUUGCAAAAUAAUCUCCUGUCGAUCUGUUUGUUUUUUUUUCCAGCCGGCGUUUCAAAAUCCAGCCCGUUCUAUCGUGAAAACAGGAGUUAUGAUGAUCGGAGAGUUUGAUUUUGACGAUAUUUUUAACGACAACGACAAGGUCGUUCCUGGAGUGACAUGGUUUAUUUUCAUUGUUUUCUUGAUUAUCAUGACUCUCAUCUUGAUGAAUUUGCUGGUAAGAUUUUUGAUGACAUUCAUUUCACAUGCAUUAACUUUUUUUCCUAUGCUAGCGUUCAAGAGUUAGCGGCGUGGGUUUCAUAUCAAGUCUGAUGGCCAUCCUUUCCAUCCAUUGCUCAUUUAUAGUGGUAUAUUGCACGUCGAUUAUCUCCUUAUUUCCAUGCCGAGGAUGUCUUUGAUUUUAGGGGAGGUUCAUAUUACAGGCCAUAACAGGGCUCAAAAAAGUCCCGUCCGGUAGUCAGACACAAAUAGAUUUUCCUUCUGGGCAAGUAACUUUUAACGUUUACUUGCCCAAUGGGCAUGGGCCCAGCAAGUCAUCCUCUAACAAAACCAAUAACUAAGAUGAGCAAGAAAUGGCCCCGGGCAAGCAAAGUAUGAGAGCCCUGACAGCCUAUUGUUCUUUUCUCGUCUGACUUGCGCCUUUUUGCCUCAUUUUGUUGUUGUUGUUUUCGGGUUAUGUCAUCUGAGCGAACCAGUUCUUCUCGAUUGCGUCGCCGGCGCGGAUUUCCCUUUCGUGAACCGUCGUUGCCAUUUUGAGGAUGAUUAGAAAAUAGACCAUUUUACCGUGUAGUUUGCACUAUCUUAAGGUUUCGUUAUACUGAUCGAGGUUCUUUUCCAUAUGUUUUGUUAUUACUGAAGAGUAUCGUUCAUUAUUAUUCAUUCAAAAUAUUUCGCCGUUUCUGAUUGGCUCAAAGCCCCUAACUGAUUCCUCAUAACCAACCAGCAUUGACCGAAUUUGAAAGAUGCGAGCAAUGUGCCAUAGAUUCGAUGGUAUAUUGACUGGAAAACGAGGUUGAUCGAUUACCAGGAAACGAGGCGGAAUGGGCAAUAGACCAUCGAUCAGCCUCGUUUCCAGGCGCGGCCACCCCAGCUGAAUUUCUGACGAAAACUAAAAACUAAACAGAUAAAUACAAAAGAAGAAUACGCAAACAUAUUGCUCGAUAAAUGUUAUCUACUUUAUCAGGAGUAUCUGAAAGCAAAAAAUCUGUUUAUGUCCUGAAACCGUGCAGAGAAAUAGGCCAAAGCUUAGAAGAAAGUCUAGGAGGUAAGCUUGUUGACUGAACAAUAGAUGUGGAGAUUUACGCAGAUUCCCGAGGCUGUUAUCCACCUCGGCCUUCACCUCGGUGGAUAACAGCCUCCUCGAUCUCCAUAAUUCUUCACAACAUACUCAACCUCAUUCAAUGAUUGCUAAUUAUACAGUAAAACCUCACGAAGUCUUUGGUAUAACGAACGAUGCGAUGUUCUUCACCCCAGCAAUAGUAAAACAUAUGGUAGAGAACCUUGAUAUAAAGGAACCUCGGCUCGUUGUAGCGAAGACACUUUGCCAAGAUAGUUAAAGAUCUUUGUAUUGUCUUUAUGGAUUAUAUAUGAGCAUAAGAGCUCUGUGGACGAAGCUUCAACUCUCAUGGCACUAGAACCGUUAACAUGCUUAUUAAUUCUUUUUCUCUGUAGAUCGGUUUAGCUGUAGAUGACAUCAAAGGUGUCCAAGACCAGGCAGUCCUUGAGCGGCAAGCUAUGUUGGUAUGUACUUUGUCUCGCUGACUGUCCGGUUGAUCAUUUGAUCUUUGAUUCUUAAUUCUGCAUGACCGGCCGGAUUGGUCAGUUUUGAAAUGAAACAGGCUUUUCUCGGGAGUUUUCGCGAAAAAACUCAUCGCUGCCAUGCGUGACUUUCAUGAGGUGACUGAUCUGGCUGGCUGAUUAAUAGUUAAAUUUCCGUAUGAGUGGACUGGCCUGGUCGCCCAGUUAUGACCAAAGGUAAGCGCUCUUAGGUUCCUUGUUAGGCGAGCGUCUAACAGCUUGUAUGCUUCAGUUUAAUUGCAAUAGCGGCCCUCUUCUAAGCAUGUACUGGAGAACGCUGACCACCCAAGACAGCAUAUAAAUAGACAUUUGCGUUAGGUAGCCUGUCACAGGACCGUAGGAGUGGGGAGGGGGACCCGUGCCCCCCCUAACUUUUUGGGCGAAAAUUUAAUGAGAUUAGACGAGAUGAUGAAAUUCAACGCUCACGAGGAAUUUUUGGGUCUCUACGAAGUAACAAGCACAGAGGCAGUGACAACAUUUAAAUCCAUUAAAGGCAUUUUUAGGCGGCUAAAUCUUUCUUUUACAAAAGAAAGAAGACAAUGCUUUGAUAUUGGUACCUCCAUGGCAGGGUCCAGGAAUGCUGUGGCUGUUAAAAUUCGUUCACUGGAACCAAGAGCAUUCUCGGACCCAAUGCUGACGGGUUUGGGAAUGCGCGCGUGAUUGGAAUCAAGAGCUGUAUACACAUUGCUAUGGGCGUGCGCUAAAUCUUGCUAAAUCUCGCUCUAAAUCUUGCGUGUUCACGUAGCCUUUUAAGCUGCACAUUUUUGCUGCACGUGGUUGCAAGAUGCGCUGGAUGUUUCACAAAAGAAAGUCUCUUUACUUAUAAAAGAAUCACCUCGCCGUGAUGCUCUUUUCCAGGCUCUGUAGGAGUUAGGGUUCUAUGUCCAACAAGAUGGGAAGUUAAAGCACAGGGUCCAGAGGAGUUUCGUGUGAAUAAAUGAAUUACUUAUUUAAAGUCCCACCUUGAAAAAUGUCUAUACCUGUCGCUUAGCACGAUUAAUUAGCCCUAUGGGAUCUUUAUAAAUCUACUGUAAACGAUUUCUUCGCUUCUUAUCUGACCCAGAUCGACUUUUGAAAAUCAGUAACCGCAAGCCAUAUCCUCGCUGGCGCACGGCACCUCGCCCGAAGGGUGACCGAAGGGCGACUGAGGCACGAAGUGCCGAGUAAAAGAAAGGACAACUUUCCGUAUUUUAUACUGUAAGCCGAUCUUGCGAGCCCUCAGUCUCUUGGUUUGCGGUCCACAGAAUGUGUAACGAAACUGUAAAGCGAUCAUAAAUAACCCAUUUUUUCAGAGGUUUUCGACGGGUUUUGAUGCUCUAACGACAAACACAUCUCCUCUGGACCCUGUGGUUAAAGCGGGUUCUCUUCUUUCCAUAAUUUUAAAUUUCAAGACAGUUUAAUGAAGCUCUUGAGUAUGUAAAAGACACUGAAAUGCGAAGCAGGAUAAGAAGUGUUUAACUGUUUAUGAGAAAAUCUGACUUCAUGUUUGGUGCAAUGCUUGGUGAGUGCCUCUUACGACAGUGACAACCUUAGCCAGGCUUUGCAAAGCCCACAGGUUUCUGCUUCGGAGGGCCAGAAGAUGUCAGCACUUACUGUUACAUAUAAAACCUUGGAAACACGGAAUGAUGCAGCAUUUGGGCUUUUGGGGGAAACUCUCACAGGUGGUCGAAAGUUGGACACUUUUUCGAAGCCGACCUACGUUGAACAUUUAGGUAGUUAAUUAGUACUGAUUGAAACCACUGUAUUUACAACUAUGGUCACGAUAAUCCAGUACUUUUGAGUGGACACUCGGCGAACACCGGUUCCCUUUUUUCCCAGCAGUUUAUACUUUGUUACUACGAUACAGGUUUGAUAUUGCUUGAAGAUAGCCCAAAGGUGGUUAAUAAAUGCCCCAGUCUGUAUUAGAGCGUAUUUAAACUUUCAAGAUUUGGCGGGGGGAGGGAGGUUCUCGGCCCACAAUAGUCGAGUACCCCACUAGCACUGCUAACCUUCGUGCUCUCUCAAUUUCAAAUUCUUUCCAAGGGGCCUGGCGCCAGGUGAUCAAAUAGUUCGUUUUAGAAAAAAACGAUUUUAGCAGGAACUGAAAGAGCACAAUAAACAAUAGGUAAGCCGUACAUUUCACAAGUAGCGAUUGCAGCGCCCGCCGAAAAUUAGAAGAAUUUGUGACACCCAGUCACGGUUGAGUGGUUUUCAAUAAAUUUUGACAUUUUAAAGCUGUCGUAAAAUCUUUCCCUUCCUCGUUAUAGGUCUAAUAAUAAAAUAUUUUCUUUUGUCCACAGCGGAAGAUUUGAGCCUCCUAGUCCGUAAUGGAAAGAUUUAACGACAGUUUAAAAUUUUCAACGGCCGGUCCAAAAUACAGGUCACUUUUACACAGGUCAGAGUACAGGUCACCAUGAUACAGAUAAAUAAAUAGCAUUAGAAGUGUCUUCUAGCCUUAUCUCAAAUGUUCUAUUAGAUCGAGGGGAAUCUUACCCUGGGUACCAGAGGUUUUUCUCGCGUGCGGCGGGAAUUUUCGGUUUUGGCUGAAGGCCGACACAUCUUCGGAAACCGCGCUAGAAAAGUCUCUGGCAGCCAAGGUAGGGGAAUCUGUGUGGCUUGGUAAUUUAGCGAUGGAGCAGUGACCUGUACUCUUGACCUGUGGAAUGUGACCUGUACUUUAGACCCGGCCUACAAAUCCUUCUAAUUUUCGGCGGCCGCUGCAAUCGCUACUUUUGAAAUAUGAAAAUUCACAGGUUAAAAAUAUAGUGACCCCGGCCCACCGACUUUUUUUGCUCUCAAUUUGUUGCGCGGUCAGUUGUAGCCUCUCAAUUCUUUUCAUCGCAUCAUAACCUUACCUUUUGAUUGCUUCAAGGUUGACCUAGCGAUGGACGUAGAAAAAGCGUUGCCGAGAAAAUUCAGGAAGAGACUUCUCCCGGAUAGAGAAGUCAUUCGGCCAAACCAAUACACGGGGUUUAAGCGUUACUGGUAUAUGCCACCCGUCUCGGCGCAAGAUGUCAAAACUGCUCUUAAUCCAAACAAGGUAGGUCUGAGAAGCAUUGCAGAGUUCUUUUGACCGCUGUCGCAAGGGAUUACGGGUUGUAUAGUGUUUGUGGUUUGUAUAUUACGGAAAGUAACGCUAUAGAGGGUUACCAUUCAAGUAAUAACAGGUAUAACGUUGAGUGGUUUGCAAGAAUUUAGAAUAAUUAACAAGAUGGCGACAAAUGCGAAGGAAUUGUCGUUAUCGACUACUCCCUAGUCAUCUUCAGAAUCUUCAUUUGCUUCGCUAUACCUUUCUUACUGUCAAAUACACAAAACACAAAGCAAUGACCAGAAUCGAAAGCGAAGGCUGAGCAAAUAAGCUGACGUCACAUGACGUCAUCGGCCUUUCUUUGAUCUUUUACUCGUUCCCAGUCUCUGGGACUUUUCGGAAGGGGAAAAACAGGUUUUGGACGGCCAAAAUUCAAGAAAUUGUUAUUGAAACCUAUUUUAAAACCAAAAACAGUUUUAAACAAUUCCCUGCCAUUUACUCUUUUAGCUGUUAGGUGUCUAGACUGUGGAAAAAGGACUCCUGGCGUUCUUCGCUUCUGACAUCUCAGGAGUGGUUAGUUUUCAGUCAGACUUGUGACGUUAUUAAUGUUCCUCUCUCAACUUGUUUGCUCGUUUUGUUUUCGGUUUAGUCAUCUCUCGAAAAGUUGAACGAUCGAACUGAGGCACUUCAAGAAACUGUGGAAACUAUGAAAAGCCGCUUGAAAACAAUGCAGUAUAAUCAAGAGGAACUGCACAAGAUGCUGGGGGGAAUCGUCAAGAAACUGGAAGCUAUCGUGGAAGGAGACGACGAUGAUGAUGAUCAGCUGUUUUGAUCACCUGACCAUUUUACCGCUGGUCGGUAGGAUAGCUGGCUCAAAACCUUCCGUUCAAAGAAGAUACUGCUGACCAAUUUAAGCAGACUUUUGAGACUGCCUUAAAGUGUCUUUACUAAUUGCACAUACUGCUAUGUCGUUAGAAAUAAUGCCUUGACAUAUUUAUAUCAAUAAUACUGCCUCUUUUGACAGGUAAAUGAGCAUUAAUGCGGUAGUCGAAUGUAUCAAGUUUGUAGGUAGCCUGUCUAGUUUCUAUGAAAUUUCUAGUUAGGAUUCUUGAAUGAUAAUGAUGAUGAUUUUAUCUGUUGGUUUUAGGAGAAGCCCAUUGUAGGUUCAGAAAGAGCGAUACACCCUGUAGACAGCGGUCAGAAAAUUGUUUCGCAAAAUUGUUGCGGUUUAGAAAGUCGUAAACUUACAAAGUUUUUCAAUAAUCGAGGAAAUGCCAACAAACGUCCGAUUACUGAAAGGUAGUUGGCGUUAUUAAGACUUUAAACAAUACAGGCCUUAAGAUGCCUCUUUUUGCUUUUUUUCAACUGAUUUCUGGUAGUAUUUGACCGCACGAAAAAGUUCUUUUUGGCCAUAUAAUAAAUCUCUUAUUGACCAAGCUUGCUCUGUCAAGAUGGGUGUGUAUUGGCCUCGUUCUUUUUUGCGUUUUUAUUGACCUCGACUUCGUCUCGGUGCAUAAAAACGCAAAAAUAAAAGUUGGCCCAUAUCCAGCCAACUUGACCUCACGUUUGGUCAAAGCUUCAUAUCCCUUGUGCCCAAAGAAAGGAAGUUAAAGACCACUAAACGUCAUGCACAGUGAACCUUUUGCAGUACAAUGGUGCUUCUUGACAAAAUGACCGUUAAAUAGAGGUAAAAGCGAAAAUAUCUCGUUCGGAGCUGAGAAAAGGUGACCUCGACUGCUAAAUGCAGGUGACCUCUUGAUACAGUUCAGUUUACUGUAAUGAAGGGAAAUGAUUCCCGGGACUUAAUUAAGUAACGCUUAAUAGAAGGGAGGUGACUGAUUGAUACAGGUCAGUUUUAUAGUUAUUGAGGGAAAUGAUUUCGGAACUUUGAUAAGUGACCCCUUAAUACAGGUUCGCUUAAUACAGGUUUAACUGUAGUCUUUUGUUGAGAAAAUCACAAAGGUAGUUUGUAGUUAUCUGCAUACGCUGAAUAAUGUAAGCCUUUUUUUGUGCAGUUUUUUAAAACAAUCAUGCCAUGCCGGAAGUAGCGUUGGUUGUGCCUUGUGCUUCUAAAUUAUUUAAUAUUCAGAAAUAGUUAUCGUAACUUAUUUAUACACAUCACCCGCGGUGUUUAAAGGAGGUAUAGAUUGUAUUCUAUGCUUCGUCUGUGAGAAUAAAGUCCAUUGAUCGUUCCUGUUACGUCACUCCAGGACGAGUUGAUGACAGUUAGUUACCAUAACAACUCAUAAAUUCUGUUGAGCCGAAAGAGAGUAAAGGCGCCGUGAGGGAAACGCCCAGUCUAGCCCUUGGGAUUUGAGAAUUUCUCCCAAGUUAUUUUUAGACCAAUAAAACUCUUGAAAUUAAUCGGUCUGCAAACUUUUAUUGAAUGUUGUCAAGAGAGAAUUCAACUUUUGGCGUUACAAUAUUCUGCAUUGUUUGCUUUGAGGCUACUUGAUGACAUUUCAAAUAAUCAAAAAUGCGGACGUCUCAGGAACUAGACUUCCGUAAAAUUACAACCGCUCAAAAUAACUUGAGUGAACUUCACAUAUCCCGGCCAACGCCCUGAGUUUCGCUUUCUGACCCAUUAUGCUCUCUUGGUUUAACCUUAAAACAGUCGCAAGAGUGACCAACAUCAAUAAUUUGUCAACAGUAUAAAAAAAAGAAAAGGCUGUAAGAAUUAAUAAAAUGAUCACCUUUAGGUAAACUACGUUAAUUGUUGAUCUCGAAGCAAAUUCUCUCGAUUAUUCUUUAAGGAAAUGUAUGAAGAUCAUUCUAGAGAAUUUGUACGUUAUUUAUUUCGUGGCUUAAAUGGUUAAUGGAC